CUCUUCUCUGUCUAUUCAACUGCUUUUUUGCUUUUAACUCUUUUCUUAUAUCCCGAGAUUUCUUUCACUCACUUGCUCCCUAAAAGACUUUCAAUCUCUCUUUUCUCUCCUCGUUACACCUUUUUUCCCCGCUCUCCUCUAUCCCACCGCCUCUACCCCUCCUCCGUGACCUACAGUCGGAGCUGUAGGCCCAUCUCAACCUUGUUAGAAAGUCUUGCUCCUGCGGCAAGACUUUCUCCUGAAAACGUUCACAAUUUCCUCCGAACUUCCUGUUCGUGACGCUGCGAAGCCUGGAAAGCGCAGAGCGUCUGUUGAUAACAAAGCUCCGCCGGAGAAGAAGAUCAUGACCGACUCCAAGAUGCAACUUGACAACCCACAGGAAACUGUGGAGUUGAUCAAGCAGGGAGAGAUUGACGAGUCUCUGUACAGCCGACAACUGUAUGUCCUCGGUCAUGAAGCUAUGAAGCGUAUGGGCUCCUCGAAUGUCCUGGUUGUUGGUUUGAAGGGCCUAGGUGUCGAAAUCGCCAAGAACAUCGCCCUUGCCGGUGUGAAGUCCCUCACCUUGUACGAUCCUGCGCCGGUUGCCAUCUCAGACCUCUCUUCUCAGUUCUUCCUUCAGCCUCAAGAUGUCGGCAAGCCUCGUGCCGAGGUGACAGCCCCGAGAGUCGCCGAAUUGAACUCCUAUGUUCCUGUCACAGUCCAUGAAGGCUCCAGCCUUGUUGACGACCUGGAGCAGCUGAAGCGCUACCAAGCGAUUGUCCUUACCUUGACGCCUUUGAAAGAACAGCUCGCUAUCGCCGACUUCUGCCACAAGAACGGUAUCUACCUCACCAUCACGGAUACUUUCGGUCUUUUUGGUUAUCUCUUCAACGACUUUGGAAAGAACUUUACGGUCGGAGAUGCUACGGGCGAGGAGCCACUCAGUGGGAUCGUGGCAAAUAUCGACGAGGAAGGCUUAGUUUCGGCACUGGACGAGACCCGACACGGCUUGGAAGAUGGUGACUUCGUGACUUUCUCGGAAGUUAAUGGUAUGGAGGGUCUUAACGGCUGUGCUCCUCGCAAGAUCACGGUCAAGGGCCCUUAUACUUUCUCUAUCGGAGAUGUGUCUGGGCUUGGCUCGUACCAGGAUGGUGGUAUCUAUACUCAGGUGAAGAUGCCCAAGUUCAUGGAUUUCGCGCCACUCCAAGAACAGCUCAAGAAGCCUGAGGUCAUGGUGUCCGAUUUCGCCAAAUUCGAUCGUCCCCUGCAGCUCCACGUUGGGGUUCAGGCGCUUCAUAAGUUUGCAGAAGGUCAUGGCGGUGACCUUCCUCGUCCCCACAAUGACAGUGAUGCUCAAGAAGUGCUGAAAAUCGCCAAUGAAAUAGCUUCCAGCCUGGAGGAAAAGGUAGAGCUGGACGAAAAGCUCCUCAAGGAGCUCAGCUACCAAGCCCGCGGUGAUUUGAACCCACUGGCCGCAUUGUUCGGAGGUAUCGCGGCGCAGGAGGUUCUGAAAGCUGUCUCCGGUAAAUUCAACCCUGUGCAUCAGUGGCUGUACUUCGACUCACUGGAGUCUCUUCCCACUUCCGUUACGCGGUCCGAGGAGGCCUGCAAGCCUCUGGGUACCCGCUACGACGGCCAGAUUGCCGUCUUUGGAAAGGAGUUCCAAGAAAAGAUCUCUAAUGUCACUCAGUUCCUGGUUGGAUCUGGUGCCAUCGGCUGCGAGACGCUGAAGAACUGGGCUAUGAUGGGCCUGGGAACUGGCCCCAAGGGAAAGAUCUACGUCACCGACAUGGACCAGAUCGAGAAGAGCAACCUUAACCGGCAGUUCUUGUUCCGCAGCAGAGAUGUCGGAAAGCUCAAGAGUGAAUGUGCCUCUGCUGCUGCAGAGGCAAUGAAUCCCGAGCUGAAGGGCAAGAUCGUCACUCUUCGUGACCGUGUAGGCGCUGAUACCGAACACAUCUUCAACGAGGAGUUCUGGGAGCGCUUGGACGGUGUGACGAAUGCUUUGGACAACGUUGACGCGAGAACGUAUGUCGAUCGUCGCUGUGUCUUCUUCAGAAAGCCAUUGCUUGAGAGUGGCACUCUCGGUACCAAGGGCAACACUCAAGUCGUCCUUCCCCGUAUCACCGAGUCCUACUCGAGCUCUCAGGAUCCUCCGGAGAAGACCUUCCCUAUGUGUACCCUGAAGAGUUUCCCCAACCGCAUUGAGCACACUAUUGCUUGGGCUAGAGAUCUCUUCCAGACGUAUUUUGUCGGUCCUCCGGAAGCCGUCAACAUGUAUCUGUCGCAGCCCAAUUACAUCGAGCAGACACUCAAGCAGGCCGGCAACGAGAAGCAGACUCUCGAGCAUUUGCGUGACUUCUUGGUGACCGAGAAGCCUUUGACUUUCGAUGACUGCAUUGUUUGGGCUCGUCAGCAAUUUGAGGCUCAGUACAACAACUCCAUCCAGCAACUCCUGUACAACUUCCCCAAGGACUCUAAGACCUCUACUGGGCAACCGUUCUGGUCUGGACCCAAGCGAGCUCCCACUCCACUGAAGUUCGACAGCUCCAACCCCACCCACCUUUCUUUCGUCAUCGCUGGAGCCAAUCUUCAUGCUUUCAACUACGGUGUCAAGAACCCUGGUGCAGACAAGGGCUACUAUAGGAAGAUCGUCGACAAUAUGAUCAUUCCGGAGUUCACCCCCAAGUCAGGCGUCAAAAUCCAGGCUAAUGAGAAUGACCCGGAUCCGGACGCUCCUGCGUCCGGCUCCUCUUUCGAUGAUGGGCAGGAGAUUCAACGGCUCGUUGAGUCGCUCCCAUCCCCCAAGUCUCUGGCUGGCUUCCGUUUGAAACCCGUCGAGUUCGAGAAGGACGACGACACCAACCACCACAUUGACUUCAUCACUGCAGCUAGCAAUUUACGUGCCGACAACUACGAUAUCCCCCAGGCCGACCGUCACAAGACGAAGUUUAUUGCUGGCAAGAUCAUUCCUGCUAUUGCCACAACUACGGCUCUGGUGACUGGACUGGUUGCGCUUGAAUUGUACAAGAUCAUCGACGGCAAGGAUGACAUUGAACAAUACAAGAACGGCUUCGUCAAUCUGGCGCUGCCCUUCCUUGGCUUCAGUGAACCUAUUGCUAGUCCGAAGGGCAAGUACCAGGGCAAGGAGGGUGAGGUCACGAUUGACCAGAUUUGGGACCGAUUUGAGUUGGACGAUAUCCCACUUCAAGACUUCCUCAAGCAUUUCUCUGAUCUGGGUCUGGAGAUCAGCAUGGUCAGCUCUGGCGUCAGUCUGCUGUACGCCAGCUUCUACCCACCAUCUAAGCUCAAGGACCGUCUUCCUUUGAAGAUGAGCAAAUUGGUCGAGCACAUUAGCAAGAAGCCUGUUCCUGAGCACCAGAAGAAUAUCAUUUUCGAGGUGACCGCGGAAGAUACGACGGAGGAGGAUGUUGAGAUCCCUUAUGUGAUGGUCUGCUUGCUCAUGUUCACGGCAUUGCCUCGUAUCCGCCAGCUGUCGCAGCAUUUCUUGCAACCCAGAGUCUACGCGGGGUUCUCCCAAGCACCAAGCUCCGUCCUCUCCGCACCAUCACCACCAGCUAUCAUUUCUUCAGCCCGCACCAUGGCGACCAACGACUCAGGCAAGAUCACCGACUGGGUCAACCCGGCCGACAAGUCCGGCGAAUUCAAGCGUCAAACCUCGGCCUUCCGCAACUUCAUCUCCAGCAAGCCCGGCGCCGAAUUCCCUCCCGAGAAGGGCCGCUACCACCUCUAUGUCUCCUACGCCUGUCCCUGGGCCCACCGCACCCUAAUCACCCGCAAACUCAAGGGCCUGGAGGACUUCAUCUCGUUCACUUCGGUGCACUGGCACCUAGGCGACAAAGGAUGGCGCUUCGCCACAGCCGACGAGGCCCAACCAGAGCACAACGUGACAUCAGACCCUCUACACGAGAACUUCACGCACCUGCGCGAUAUUUACUUCGCGGAGGACCCGAACUACGCCGCGCGCUUCACGGUACCGGUUCUCUACGACAAGAAGACGCAGCGCAUCGUCAGCAAUGAGAGCGCCGAAAUAAUCCGCAUGCUCUACCACGAAUUCGACGCCCUCCUACCAGAGCAAUACCAAAAGAUCGACCCCUAUCCCCAGGCCCUACGAUCCGACAUCGACAACUCCAACGAGUGGAUCUACAACGACGUCAACAACGGGGUCUACAAGGCCGGGUUCGCGACGACGCAGGAAGCGUACGAGAAGGCCGUGACGCAGCUGUUCGCGUCGCUGGACCGGAUCGAGAAGCACCUGGCCGAUAACAAACAGCGGCCGUAUUUCUUCGGCGACAACAUCACCGAGGCGGAUAUUAGGUUGUUCACGACCAUCGUGCGCUUCGAUCCCGUCUACGUCCAGCACUUCAAGUGUAACCUCCGCGAUAUCCGCUCCGGGUACCCCGCUAUCCAUCGCUGGCUGCGUCGGUUGUAUUGGGAAGUUCCGGCGUUUAGGGACACUACCAACUUUGAGCAUAUCAAGAAGCAUUAUACUAAGAGUCAUAAGCAAAUUAAUCCGUUUGGCAUCACGCCUGUGGGGCCUGUGCCGGAUAUUUUGCCGUUGGGGGAAGAGGUUAGGGCUGUUAUCUAGAUUUGGAUUUGAUAGGAAUUGAUGGAUGGAUCGUGGGUGGAUUUUUGAUAUGUUUUUGAGUGAUUUGCACGGUUGGAAUGAAUACAAACUUCCUGAUUACGCUCGCGGAAAUG